AUGAACAAGGGCAAAGGAUAUGAUCUGCCUAGGAAAAAGGUUCACAACGAAGGACUGCAUCAAAUAGGAGAUGAAGACUUCUUAAGGGAAAUGGGUAUUGGAUGUGAUGACACUGGACUGGAACUUACACAAUUAUCAGAGAUAAUAGCUAACAAACAUUGUGAACAGAGUGCUUUAGCAAGAGAUUUAGAAGUCAAUAUUCAAAGUUACUACAAUUUUGAUUCAAAUAUUGUAAACCCCAAUUAUACUAAUGAGCAGAGCUCAAUACCACCAGUGAACUACAACAGCUAUGGACAAGAACAAGAAAUGCAGAGACAAGAAGUGAUCAUGUCACCAGGAGGAACAAGUUAUGUACUAUCACAGGGCGGAUCAAGCUAUACAAGCCUUAUGAACCAAGUCAUAGCUCAGGCUAAAUCUUCAAAUCAGAAUUAUGAAGAAUUUUUGUCAUCUGAAAUGACAGGAAGUUUCAUGGACAUACUCAAUGAGCCAUUUCCACUAGAGAACCGGAUGUUCAUCACUACCAGCAGAAUCUAUGAGCUGCCACAAGAUGAUGCAGGCGGCCUGCGAAAUAAAGAAUCAGAAGCAGUACUAGAGUUUGCAAAUGAAGAAAACAUGGUACAUGAGGAAAGACAAGAUGAACAAGGCAGUGAAGGGGAGCAAGAUACAGAGGGCAACACGACAAAACAACAUCUAGUAGCAAGUGAAGAACAAGAUGAAGCAGAGCUCAGGGCAAUUCAGAUUGAAAGCCAAAGUAUUAUGGCAGCUGAGCGUUUAUCUCAGGAACAUGCUAGCAGGCAUGUUCCUCAGCUAGGCAUGAAAUUCAAAACAACAGAAGAUGCGUACAGUUUCUACAAUGACUACGCAUUUAUAGUCGGGUUUUCAUUGGUCAAAUAG